ACCACCAAACUAGGAGAACGACAAGACCUCCAAACUAAAAUUCAAUUUUCUUCCAUUUCACAAAUCCCUCACUUUCUCUCUGCAUCUGAGGAAGAAAGCCACAAGGAUGGCAAUGGCAAUGGCUCUUCGCAGGCUCUCAUCUUCUGUCGACAAGCCUUUGCGCCCUCUAUUCAGUGCCGGCUCUGUUUACUACAAGUCGUCUUUGCCCGAUGAAGCUGUGUAUGACAAGGAGAGAUCCGGUGUUUCAUGGCCGAAGCAAUUGAAUGCUCCACUUGAGGUUGUUGACCCUGAGAUUGCAGAUAUAAUUGAGCUCGAGAAAGCUAGACAAUGGAAGGGGUUGGAACUGAUACCUUCAGAGAAUUUUACUUCUGUCUCUGUAAUGCAAGCUGUUGGCUCCAUCAUGACUAACAAAUAUAGUGAAGGAUACCCUGGUGCCAGAUAUUAUGGUGGAAAUGAGUACAUUGACAUGGCAGAAACACUAUGCCAGAAGCGUGCCCUGGAGGCAUUUCGGCUGGACCCAGCUAAAUGGGGAGUGAACGUGCAGCCCCUAUCUGGGUCUCCUGCAAAUUUCCAUGUUUACACAGCAUUGCUAAAACCUCACGAGAGAAUCAUGGCACUAGACCUUCCUCAUGGGGGGCAUCUUUCUCAUGGAUACCAGACUGACACCAAAAAGAUAUCGGCAGUCUCAAUAUUUUUCGAGACAAUGCCAUACAGAUUGAACGAAAGCACCGGAUACAUCGACUAUGAUCAGAUGGAGAAAUCAGCCGCUCUCUUCAGGCCAAAAUUAAUAGUUGCUGGUGCGAGUGCUUAUGCACGUUUAUAUGAUUAUGAUCGUGUACGCAAGGUGUGUGAUAAACAGAAAGCAAUCAUGUUGGCAGAUAUGGCACACAUCAGUGGGUUGGUUGCUGCCGGUGUUAUCCCUUCACCUUUUGAUUAUGCGGAUGUUGUAACUACCACAACUCACAAGUCACUUCGUGGUCCACGUGGAGCUAUGAUUUUCUACAGGAAGGGGGUGAAAGGAACCGACAAACAAGGAAAAGAGGUGUUGUAUGACUAUGAGGACAAAAUUAAUCAGGCUGUCUUCCCUGGUUUACAAGGUGGUCCUCACAACCACACUAUUACUGGGUUGGCUGUUGCAUUGAAACAGGCUACUACUCCGGAGUACAGAGCAUAUCAAGAGCAAGUUCUCAGCAAUUGCGCAAAAUUUGCACAGACUCUCGCUGAAAGGGGCUAUGAUCUAGUUUCUGGUGGAACUGAGAAUCACCUGGUUCUGGUGAAUCUCAAGAACAAGGGAAUUGAUGGCUCCAGAGUCGAGAAGGUGUUGGAAUCAGUUCACAUUGCAGCUAACAAAAACACAGUUCCUGGAGAUGUGUCUGCUAUGGUUCCUGGUGGCAUCAGGAUGGGAACCCCUGCUCUUACUUCUAGGGGAUUUGUUGAGGAGGAUUUUGCUAAGGUAGCAGAGUUUUUCGAUGCAGCGGUAAAUUUGGCUGUGAAGAUUAAGGCAGAAACCAAAGGUACAAAAUUGAAGGACUUUGUGACCACUUUGCAGUCCCCUAACAUCCAAUCAGAGGUUGCAAAACUCCGCCAUGAUGUUGAGGAGUAUGCCAAACAAUUUCCAACAAUUGGUUUUGAUAAAGCAACCAUGAAGUACAAGAACUGAGAAGAACUAAAAUAAAUUCCCUUCAGGUUACACUGAUGUGCUAAUGUCAAACAUUUUCAAGGGAAUAAAGUUUUAUUCACUGGCAAAAGAGGAGGAUGAGAUUUUCAUGAAUAUUAGUUCUGAGCCUCAAUUAAUAUGUACGGAUCUAGUAAAACUUGUUGACCUUGAAUGUCUUAAUGAAAUGUAUAGCUACAUAUGCCUUGGAGCCUUCAAAUACCAAGUUUCUGGAACAUGCUUAACUAUUUAAAUGCUGAUAGCUACUAAUAAACCAAAUUUGCCACCGCAUGGUACUCCGCCCAA